UUUGAAAUGAUGUUCGUUACUAUACUCUAUUUUGCCUUUUUCCUGCUUUGGCAUUUUUUUUUGGUUUAUAUGCUAUUUUGUUACAAAUUGAACCAUUAAAUUUAAUGAUUUCCAUUGAUAUCUAGUAUGGUUACAAGCCCUUUCAAGAUAAUUAGCACGGUUACAAGAUAUUGAUGAUCCAUGUAUUUGUAUAUUUUAUUAAUUUCAAACGUUGAAAUUUUAUUAUGUUAUGUUGUUGUGAGACCAUGUGGUUGAUUGGUUUUAUAGUAGUAUUUAUAUAUUUUUUCUCUUUGUUGUCUUGUGUCUUAACAUUAAAGGGAUUGAAGUUCUCUGUGCCAUGUCUUUUAUGGAAGGACACUAUUUAUGGUGGUUAGAUAACAAAUUAUGGGGUUAAAAAAGACUUUCUGGAAGCCAAUAUUUUAUGCGAUUUCAUGGUCCAUAUAUGACUGGUUAGAAAUGAUCUAUUCAGGAUAGAAAAACCCUUCUGGUUUGAUGUGGUUGAAUUAGUGAAAGUAAGAGUUGGUCAUUGGGUGAAAGACUAGAAAGAAUAUACACUCUGUUUAGUUUGAAGUUGUAAUGCAUUGGAAUUCUUAUCAAUAUGAAUUGAUAACUUGUGAAUUUAAUUUUGUGGUUUCUAGGUCAACUCUUGACCAAAGUUGUCAUGCACGAAUAGCGGCACUUAUUACUAAUAUUCAAAUGCUGCAUGAUGAAAUUGACCUCCUGUUUGAAGAGAUAAACAGACAGAUAGAGGUAUCAAGCAGAGAAAAAAUCGAUUUGAUGAGGCUCACUGCCACUUCUCAAGGUUCCGCGGUGAAUGAUUGUAAUGUGGCUGAGAAACUGAGCCACAGCAGUGCCCUUGGCUGGGGUGUAGGCAUCAAGGUCAAAGAUUUAAACGGCAUCACCUCCUCAGGCCAAGGGUGUUGCAAUAAGGAUUAUAUGAGUGAUGAGGAUUUGGAGGAACAUUUAAGAAAAAUGAAGGCUAAAUCUACUGAAAUGCUGAAGAAGUUGUCUGAAAAAAGGUAUCAACUAUUGCAGACUUAUGGCAAAUCAUUAAUCCCUACAGUGCAGGCGUCUAAUGCACAACCUUGUUCCAUGUACAAUCUAAAGCUUAUUGAAUAUUUGUAUUGAAUUGUGUAAUUUGAAUUUGUACUUGUGAUUCAAUUCAUAGAAGACACUUUGCAUGUUUGUCCC